AUGGCAAUAUUGCUUUUUGGAUUAUCAUAUUUUGUCCUACAAAUUAAUAUUUUAGAAAUUUCCGCUGAGGCUUCGUCCUGUACAGAACAGAACGAAUGCGUGCCAUUAUCAAUAUGUGCUCCGAGUCCGGGAAGAAUUAUAUUUCCUUGCCAUAGUGGUCUUAAUUUAUACUGCUGUCCAUCCGAUCGUCUUACUAAUGACACUUUGGUAAAUUUGUUAUCUAGAAGAAAAGAGUUAUUUCCUGUUAACUGUGGGGUAGUUUAUAUCGACAAUAAAAUUACAGGUGGAGAAACGGCUGAAUUAGGAGAAUUCCCUUGGAUGGCUUUACUAGGUUACCAACAAACGCAAAUAAAAUAUAUCGAAUACCUAUGUGGCGGAACUUUAAUAACUGAAAAUUUCGUCUUAACUGCAGCUCAUUGUUUAAAAGUUGGUCCUAAUCAUAAACUGGUUCACGUUCGAUUUGGAGAACACGAUUUAAAUUCACAACCUGAUUGUCACUAUAUACACGAACGAUACAUUUGCGCUGACGACCCUGUAGACGUUCCAGUACACAGCUUCUUUAUACAUGAUGAAUAUGAUUCUCACAGUCUAAAAAAUGAUAUUGCUUUGGUCCGGCUAACUAAAUCCGUUACUUUUACAGAUUAUGUACUGCCAAUUUGCUUACCUUUUAACAGAAACUUGGAAAACAGAGAUCUCACCGGUCAAAAAUUAACAAUAAGUGGUUGGGGAAAAACAGAUUCAAGAAAAUUAGGAGGCUCACCAGUUUUGCAAUUCGCGUCGGUCUAUGUGUGGGAACAUCAAACGUGUAACCGAGUGGUUCCACCUGAGGUUCAACCGAUAAUCUAUAGUCAACUAUGUGCAAAUGGGAAAAAUAAAGAAGACGCUUGUAAAGGAGAUAGUGGAGGACCAUUAUCAAAUUCAACGUUUGAUAUUGAUGACGAAUUAAGAAAUUAUCAAAUAGGGAUCGUUUCGUUUGCGUCAACAAUGACGUGCGGUUUGGAAGAUUUACCGCCUAUUUAUACAAGAGUUGAUAGAUAUCUGCAAUGGAUAGUUGGUAUUAUUGAGGAACAGACUUAA